CGCUGUUAUCUCUUAAUUUAGCGCAUAAGGAAAGAAUCUGGACUUACCAAAUAUCAAAUUGCCAAAUUUGCCGUCGUCCACACUUCCUCAAACGCAGACAGAAGAGGCCCGAGGCCUGGCCCGUUCUCCCCAUUCUAUCUCCCCUCCCCGACUUGACCUAGCCGCCGCCAGUCGCCACAGCCGCUGCGCCCGCCGUCCGACUCCCUGCUCCGCCGCGUUUCCCCCCAUCCGCCGCCUCCCAUCAUUGGCCCAAGGUCUUGUGUGGGAUUGGCAUGGGAUUUGAGUGGGAGGGGCUGGGUUGACUAAGGGGUGUGAUGGAUCUGAAAAGGUUGUGAAGCAUCAAAUGGAGCAUAUUUGUAGUUCAACGAGUGGAAAAGUGACUAGCAUGACAUCUCAAUCAUGGGUUGCCGACAAGGCAGUAGCUAUGUUGAAGAAGGAUCCAACCGUUGUUGCUGUGAAGAUACUUAAAGACUUGCAAGAUGAGCAUCAUGUCACACUUAACUAUCACACAGUGUGGAAAGGCAAACAAAAGGCAGCAACAGGCUUAUAUGGGAGUUGGGAAGAAAGUUUCAGGAUGUUGUACAACUACAAGGCUGAAAUAGAAUUGAGGUCUUCGGGGAGUAUUGUUGAGAUUGAUACGACCACACAUGAAGGUGAAGUCCAUUUCAGCAAGCUAUUUAUCGCUUUCAAGCCUUGCAUAGAUGGUUUUGUGAAUGGAUGUAGGCCAUAUAUUAGCAUAGAUUCAACUCAUUUAAAUGGAAAGUGGAAUGGUCAGCUAGCUAUAGUCACUGCAUUGGAUGGUCACAAUUGGAUGUUCCCGGUGGCGUAUGGCUUUAUUGAGUCUGAAAAUGGAGAUAAUUGGGCUUGGUUCAUGAAUCAAGUGAAGAAGGCAAUAGGGGACCCUCCGGUAUUGGUUGUUUGUACUGAUGCUUGCAAGGGUCUUGAAAAUGCUGUUAAGAAGGUUUUUCCUCAAGCUGAGCAGCGAGAGUGCUUUAGGCAUAUGUGGCAUAAUUUUCAGAAAUAUUUUCAUGGUGAUGUGUUUGGAAGGUUGUGGCCUGCUGCUAGGGCAUAUAGGCCGGAAGAAUAUCAACAUCACAUGGCAAAGGUAUUUGAUGCAUCUGAGAAAGUAUAUCCUUACCUUAGGGAUUACCAUAAUCUGUUAUGGAUGAGGUGCAUGUUCAACCCUGCCAUCAAGUGUGACUACAUAAAUAACAAUCUCGCCGAGUGCUUCAACGCUUGGGUGCGAGAUAUCAAGGACUUGCCAAUUGUUCAGCUAGCUGAUAAGAUUAGAGAGAUGAUUAUGGAACUGUUUAGAAAAAGAAGAAUGAUUGGAGAAAGAUUUACAGGGAUAAUACUUCCAUUUGUCAUACACCAACUAAAUGCAAAGACUCGAGGACUAGGUCAUCUCAAGGCUAAAGCAUCAGCUGAUUGGAGUGGGGAAGUGAAAAAUGCUUACAAAGAGGAUGAAAGACAUGUGGUCAAAACUCUCACACAUGAGUGUACAUGUCUGCAAUGGCAGCACACGGGCAAGCCUUGCGACCAUGCACUAGCCUUCAUAAAUGUCUUGCAAGCUCGCAACUUUGUUAACAUGGAGGACUAUGUACAUGAGUACUACUCAGUUAGCAGAUUUAGGGCAGCAUAUGAAGGUGUAAUUGAGCCCCUUACGGACAAGAAUCAAUGGCCACACGUGGACACAGGCUUUGUGUUGCAUCCACCAAUUCCAAUAGGCAAGAAGAAAGGUGCUGGAAGAACAAGAAAACAGAGGAUAAAGAGUUGGUGGGAAGGUGGAUCAAGGAAAGGAUCCUUGAACAAAUGCAGAAAAUGCGGGGAGGUAGGACAUAGAGAAGCUGGCUGUCCUCAAAAUGGAACAAACAAAAGGAAAAGUAGGGGGAAAAAGAAUCCAUCUCCAUGGUUUGAUGUUUCAGUUAGCAAUGCCGUUCCAUCUACACCAACCAAGAGCAAGAAUGAUGCCACUUGUAGCGGUCCUGGAGCUGUCACAAGAAGCCAGGCUGCAGCUCAAGCUAGUCCUGGACCUGUCACAAGGAGCCAAGCUGCUACCCCACCACCAAAACCUCCAGCAAAAGAAAAGAAGAAGAAAAUGACACCUAAAAGGAAGAAAUUAAGUGACCUGUGAGCUUGUUUGUGGCUGUGAUGAACUCGGCUGUGGGUGGAGACUCACUUUUAUUGUUGUGUAUGUGAGGUGCAAACUCACUUUUAUUUGCUCUGUAUGUGAGGUGCAAACUCACUUAUUUUGUUGUCAUGAAUUCCUGUAGAACAUGGCUGAAUUGUUGUGUAUGUGAGGUGCAAACUCACUUAUUUUGCUGUCAUGAAGUCCUGCAGAACAUGGCUGAAUUAUUGUCUAUGCUAUCAUUGAAUCAUUGUGACCUUAUA